UGAUUGGAAACAGAAUAAUCUCAUUAAUAAAUAUAACAAUAGUAGUAAAUUAGAUUAAGAGAUAAAUAUAAACAUAUAUAUAUAUAGAGAGAGAGAGAGAGAGGCUACUCCUCAUAGGCAAAAAUGGUAGGAGGAGCUUCAACAAAACUGAAAAAAGCAGCAUGUAAAAUCCUGAAAACAACAUGCGCUUCUUUCUCAUGCAGACAACCCCUUGUCAUCGACACUGCCAUUACUAUUUCCUCAGAUUCAAUGGACAAUCAUUCUCCAAAGCCAAGGACAAGUACUGAUAAAUUUUCAGAAAUUGCUUCCACUUCUACCAAGAAUUUGUGCGCCAUAUGUCUUGAUCCUCUAAGUUAUGGCACAGGUGCCAGCCCAGGCCAAGCUAUAUUCAUAGCACAGUGCUCUCACGCAUUCCACUUUGCGUGCAUCUCCUCCAAUGUCCGCCAUGGCAGUGUCACCUGCCCUAUUUGCCGUGCACAUUGGACCAAGCUGCCUCGUAACCUAAACACACCUGGCUCCCUUUCUUGCAACACAACUGACCCCAUUCUCCAGAUACUGGAUGACUCCAUUGCCACUUUCCGUGUCCAUAGACGCUCCUUUCUACGUUCUGCCCGCUAUGAUGAUGACGACCCUAUUGAGCCUGACCACGCACCUAAUCAUACCCGUCUCCAUCUCACUCUCAUACCUGCCCCACUCACUCAUCAAAGCUUCCAUCCAUGCUCAAAUCAAGCUUUGCAGGUCAAUGGGCCCAAUUCAUACCAUCCGUGUGGGAUUUCAUCACUGCAGCACUUAAGCAGCUCAUCAUCAUUAUUAGCAGCACCACAACAUUUUGCACCAAAUGGGCAAACACCUUACCUGUCCAGCUCAAAUAGUAGAGCUUAUCUCUCUGUAACAUUAGCACAUCAGCAAGCAACUGACUUGGUCUUAGUUGCAAGCCCCAAUGGGCCUCACCUGAGACUUAUAAAGCAAUCCAUGGCACUAGUGGUUUUCUCACUUAGACCCAUUGAUCGUUUGGCCAUUGUCACCUACUCGUCUGCUGCAGAACGGGUCUUCCCCCUCAGGCGCAUGACAUCCUAUGGGAAGCGAACAGCACUACAAGUCAUUGAUCGCCUUCUCUACACAGGACAAGCAGAUCCAACUGGGGGGCUCAGGAAAGGAAUAAAGGUACUUGGAGAUCGCGCCCACAAAAAUCCACAAUCCUGCAUUCUGCAUUUGUCUGACAAUCCAACAGCAUAUUAUUACAUGGACAUGGAAGUUCCCUUUCCAGUUCAUCAGUUUUAUGUAGGAUUCGGAUUUGGCAAUUCUAGUGGAUUUGUCAUGCAUGAAUUUGAGGAGUUCCUUGCCAGAGUACUUGGAGGCGUGAUCAGAGAAAUCCAGUUGAGGAUUGGAGAGGGGGCUAGAAUUGUAAGAUUUGAAGAACUGAGAGCUGGUGAGGAGAGGAGGAUUCCUAUAAAUUUGGGCGACUCUAGACGUGUUUGUAUGGAGUAUAGCUAUGUUGAGGGUGGGGUUGAAGAACGCAUUAGGACAGGCGAAAUUCUGGUGGACAUGGAGGAUAAAAGAGAAAGUACUACUGAUGGUACAGAGGCUGUUGUUACCGCGGGUGGGAGGACUAGCAGUGUUGAGAGCUGGGGUUACCAAGAUCCUUGCAUGGCUAGAAGAUGGGCCAAGCAUUUGCAUUGGUAUAGGCUAUGAAGCAUCCUGCAAAGGACUAUAAUGCAAGUUUAUACACAUCAACCAAUUCCCCAGCAUUUUAGCUGGCUUGGGAAUUGAGAUUGCUUUAGGUUUUUCAUCAUUUAACCAGUGUCUAUGCUCAAAGGGCGUGUGUAUUCCGUUACAUAGACUUGUGUAACAGUUAUAGGAAAGAUUUGAAUUUUUAUA